ACACGUAACUUGUGAAUAUCGUCGAAUUUUUAUGAAGGUGAAGUUUACGCGAAACGAGUUGGUAUUCAAAAGAUGCUCCCGGUAUUUUACCUUAAAGGCAAUCAUGUUCCUUUUAUCGAUAUCGAAGAUGCGACGUUUUUAAAUAAAUUGUUUUAUUUACGACCUUCCGCGCGGCCGGUUCCUUGGCCUAGUCGUAUCAAUGACUAAUUCGCUCAAGCAUGACUUAUUAAAUUAGUGGGUGUCUAUAAUAUAUAUAUCAAAUUAGCCACGGCUUUGACAUCUGUCAAACGAUGACAUAACCUCAAUCCUAUUAAACGUAUUAAUAGGAUUGAGGUUAUGUCAAAAGGUUAUUACAAAAACAAAUUAGAUAGAGUGAGAGAAAAAGUGUAAAAAAUCAGUCGGCGGCCAUCUUGUUUAAUAGUCAUUACGUCAUUGACGGGGCCCUAUUUAAAAACAUAACAGGACAAUGUUGAGUAUAUAGAUAUAGACACUUUUAUUUAUUAACUAAUUAAUAAUACAUAAACAGGUUAUGUGACAUCCUUUUUUCCUCGACAAUAUUUAUUGCCAUUUGUUUUGCUCCUUUUAAGGCCCGACUUGGGUAAUAAAACGAAUUAGGAAUACUAUAUUAACAAACGGAUGAUUUGUUACACAAUAAUGUACAUACGAUGACGUCAGAGUGGUAAAUAGAUUAUGCGUCAAAAGUGUCACUUGUCAUUGGGUUUAUAGGUUAGGUGCGUUUUCUCAUUACUAUUGCCCGUAAGCGAUUAAUUUUCAGGUUAUAAUAGGUGAGAUGUCGCGUUUUUUUUGUUUAUUUAAGCUUUGUUAGACAAUGGAAUGCGGUUUAUAAAUAUUAACACAAUAUGGUAUAUUAAACAGUCACGUGUAAACAAAUGGGACAUUUUUCAUAGAAUAACCAUUAAAAUGCGAUUUAAUUUUUGUGGUUUUUAAUUUGGUAAAAUAUAUAGAAAAACGGGAUUUUCUUUAUUAUAUGUAAGCCAAAAACAAUCAUUACGUAAUGGGUUUUCCAACAUGGUGCCCGUCUUCCUCAUUUUACAAGAUCCUUUAACUUUAGCCACGCCCAAACAAAAAUGGCCGCCCUUGGCAACCUUACUAUGUCAUCCCUUCGAGAAGCUUUUAGCGACAUGGCCUACUUGUAUAAUAUUUCGAGGUUGUUUAUUAUCAUAAAAUCUGUAUGGAAUGAUGGAAUUUUCUCGAUUGCAUCAAUAAAUAAUUAUUACGUAAUGGUUUUUCAAAGAUGGCCCGGUUACAGAAUUGUUUAUGUAAGCCACGCCCAAACAAACAUGGGCGCCCAUGGCAACUUCCUUGCUAUAUAAUCUUCUUGGCAAGAUCUUAGAGAGGAGUACACUUUUCACUCAAUUAACAGUACUUUUAGGUAAAACCAUUUUUGAGUUAUGAAUUUUUGAACUUUGGAAAUUAAUUGUGCGCCCCCUGUAUGUCGUAGAUGAACCGUAACCGCUUGAGCAAACGCGUCCUUCAUUUUAGUACAACAUACUAAAAUCUCAAUUUUUCACCGUUAUUAUAAGUACCCCAAAAGUGUUUUUUUCCAAAUUAGUACCAAUAGCGAAAAAUCACCCUGCACACUGGGUAUUUUCAAAGCAAAAUGGCCGCGUCGCCAUGGUAACGCAAACAGGGAUUUUCGCCGUAAAAAGACCCUUUUUAUAAUCGAAAUUUAACUAUCAAAACCGAACAGAAUCGGGCCAGAAUUGAUUUUAAUCUGUUCUUGAAGCUUUCUACUAUUUUUCCAGGUACAGAUUGUAAGGUAAAAACAUUUUUUUAUAACCUAAAACAUCGUGUAAAAAUGGUCGAUUUUGACGUCUACGCCCAAUUUUAAUGGCGGUUUUGACAACAUGGCGUCACAGUGGAUGAUUCGGCUCGGACUUGCUUCCUAAUUUCAUUGAUAAAAUGCUUAAAAUAGAUCAGAACCCCCUGAAAUUGGUAUGGAAUUAUUUAAGAGAGUCUGAAGAAUCCGAAUAUAUGCACAUCUUUUACUAGUACCUUUAGUACCAAUAGCGAAAAAUCACGCUGCACGUAUCCAGGUAUUUUCAAAGUACGCCAUGGCCGCGUCUCCAUGGUAACGCAAACAGGGUUUUUCGCCGAAAAAAGACCCUUUUUAUAAUCGAAAUUUAACUACUAAAACCGAACGGAAACGGGCCAGAAUUGAUUUUAAUCUGUUCUUGAAGCUUUCUACUAUUUUUCCAGGUACAGAUUGUAAGGUAAAAACCUUUUUUUAUACCCUAAAACAUCGUGUGAAAAUGGUGGAUUUUGACGUCUACGCCCAAUUUUAAUGGCGGUUUUGACAACAUGGCGUCACAGUGGAUGAUUCGGCUCGGACUCGCUUCCUAAUUGUUAUAUUCAUGCGACACAGUGGACCAUGCAAGGCAUUUUGCUAGACAAAAAUCACAAUGCAGUGGGUCCUAAUGAUAAAAAAAAAUUUAAUUGGGAUUUAAUGGAUUUAUUAUAUGAGGCUAUUUUUUUAAAACUUUUUUGUUAUUUGCUUGAUUUGAAUGAAAUUUGGUAUUUGGGGUUUAUUUACGAUACAAUUAUUGAAGUUUUCACAAUUUUGAAAUAUUAUGCAAGUCUUUACGCCAUCAAAGCCUAUCUGUCAUUUUGUUUAUGGGAACUGUUAUUUGAAUGUCAAGAAUCCUUCAACUCAAUUACGCUUAAACAAAAAUGGCCGACAAAGGCGAAAGUGACCAUAUAUAAUCUCUUUGACGAGUUCUUUAGCAGAGUAGGCCAUGAUUUUCAUGAAGCGGCGUGGCCUACUUGUCAAAUACAUCUCUCGAGGUCUUUUACUGGCCAUAAGUCUAAAGAGUUUUCUCGAUCUUGUUAGUACAAGAUGGCGCCCAUACGACAUUCUGACCCUCAUUGGAACGUCAAAGAAUCGUUUAAAACAAACGUUUAAAAACGUACAGAUGAAAACAAAUAUGGCCGCUGACGACACUAUCAACUUGUCAAGUUUUUCACUACCAUAUUACAUCAUAAAUCUCGAUUGUCUCAUGGUAAUUAUUAUGGGUUAUAAAAAAGGUUACGUAUGCAAAUCCAAUCGGUUUUCGCCAUCCGGUUUAAGAGUGGAACGAAAAAAGUAAAUUGCUAUGGCAAAAUUUUCGUUAUAAAUAAUGAAAUAAUAAAUAAAUAAAAUCGGGACCGGUGAAAAUCGAUGCGUUGACCUUAGGAAGUGAUAUUAUAAGUGAAUCAAACGCGGUAGCGGCGCGCCAUUCGCGCGUCCACCGUACGGUCGGUCGGAUAUUCAGUACCAAAAAAAAAGAACCACCACAUUAUUGUUUUUAAUUAAUUAGUGUUUGUUUUGUUAAUUAUUGUUUUGCAAUGUUGCAAGGAUGGAAGUUAAGGGUCUCAAAACUAUUCCUUAUUCCACAAAGGUACAUCCUAGGAAUAAUGGGCUUUUUGGCAGUAGUAAACGCUUAUACAAUGCGAGUGGUCUUAUCGGUAGCGAUCACUGAAAUGGUCCUACCGAUUGCGCACAACGAAACCAUAGACUCACAUUCUUGCACAAACGAUUGGAACGUGAACACCUCAACUAUCCACGAAACAAAAUCCUCCAAUCUAUAUCCGUGGACCGAUAAGCAACAGGGCAUAAUCCUCAGCUCCUUCUAUUGGGGUUACGUGAUAACCCACAUCCCCGGCGGGAUGAUUGCCGAGAGGUUCGGGGGUAAAUACUCCCUGGGAUUGGGGAUGUUGUGCACGGCGAUAUUCACGUUUGUCACCCCGUUUGUGAUUUACGCGACUAACGGCAGUUGGGUGUCCGUGGUGGCGGUGAGGGUCUUAGAAGGCCUCGGAGAGGGCACCACCUUUCCGGCCCUCACGACGCUUCUCGCCAAUUGGGUACCGUUGAAGGAACGGUCUAAGAUCGGCACUUUGGUGUAUGCUGGUAGUCAAAUAGGUACUGUCGUGGGGAACUCGGUGAGCGGAGCCCUAAUUUCCUACACCAACGACUGGGCGAUCGCGUUCUACUUCUUCGGGGCCGUGGGCAUCAUUUGGUUCAUUUUCUGGAUGCUCUUGUGCUAUCCGGAUCCAGAAGCGCAUCCGUUCAUCAGCGAGAAGGAGAAGAAAUAUUUGGGGGAGCACAUAACAAACAUCUCCAGUAAGGACAAAGUGAUCCCCUGGAAAGCCAUCCUGACCUCCGGUCCUAUUUGGGCCCUAGUGAUAACCCAAAUAGGGCACGACUGGGGCUUUUUCACGAUGGUCACCGACUUGCCCAAGUACAUGAAGGACGUCCUCCACUUUAACGUGAAAGAAAACGGCAUCUGGUCGUCGGUUCCGUAUAUUUUAAUGUGGUUCGUCUCGAUGAGUUCCGGAUGGUUAUGCGACUGGCUGAUCCACAAGGGCCACAUGAACAUUUGCACCGCCAGGAAGUUUUUUACUACUUUGGCUUCCAUGGGUCCCGCCGUCUUUAUCCUGAUAGCGUCUUACGUGGGGUGCGACAGGAUGUUGGCCGUGGGCAUGUUCACCAUCGCGAUGGGUUUCAUGGGCACAUUCUACUGCGGAAUGAAAGUGAACGCCUUGGACUUAAGUCCGAACUAUGCGGGAACUAUUAUGGCCAUAGUCAACGGGAUCGGCGGCCUAACUGGCAUCAUCGUGCCAUACCUAGUUGGGGCAUUAACCGAAAAUCACACCCUGGCCGAAUGGCGAAUCGUCUUCUGGAUAGCGUUCGGGGUCUUCCUGUUGUCCAAUUUGGCGUUCGUGUUGUUCGGCAGCGCGCAGGUGCAAGCGUGGAACGUCAACGAGGAGAAGGAGAGGCCCUUGGAGGCGAUAAAGGCCGUCAAGUCGGAAAAUCGCCAGGAGAAAGCCUGAGGGGGGUUAAGAUCUUCAUUUUGAGUUUACUGUGAUAAUUUCGAAUUUUAGUAUUUUGCCAUUAAUGUCAUGUGAAUCAAAAUGGCCGCCAUCGAUGACGUCACUAAGUCUAUUAGGAAUUUCUAUUGCAGUGACAAAACAAAAUAGUAGGCCGUGGCUAUAGAUCUGACAUCUGUCAUGAGAAGCAAUAUGGCCGUCACUGUAUAUAACGUACUUAUUAGGAGUUUCUAUAGUUCAUAAACUUUUGCCAAUAAAGCAAAUUAUUGUCGUAAAAAACAAUAAAACAUUCGGACUCGUUGCUGUAUAAUUUACUGUUUUAAGUAGAAAUAAUACAGGAAAAUACAAUAAAUUUUAUUGACUUAAACCGCAUAAUCUUAAGGUUUUUUUAAAAAUUUAAUUUGUAAUUUAUUAGUAUUAUUAUAGUUAUAAUAAACCGUUUAUGGCCGAUUUGA